UUCCCGGAUGCAGCAUUUAUCAGGACGAAAAACUCGAUUCGUAUCGAACUCGCAAAAACACUAGUAGAAAAGAUUCGUUCGUUCGUUUUGGGCCACCACUAGAUAGCACUGCCUGUCUAAACACCAGUUAACCACAACCGACUCGACCAGAAGGUUUCGACGGUGUUGCCUUAAUGGGGUCUGAGCAGGCGUCAAAGUGAUGGUCUAAGGACUGGCAGUCACAGAGGUGCUUGCGCGUGGAAUGUUGCGCUGGUCGGUGCACCUAGAAGGAGGGCCGCGGAGAGUCAACCAUGCUGCUGUGGCGGUGGGGCACAAGGUGUACUCCUUUGGAGGCUACUGCUCUGGGGAGGACUACGAGACACUCCGUCAGAUUGAUGUGCAUGUCUUCAACACAGUGUCUUUGCGGUGGAUGAAGUUGCCUCCGGUGAGGACGGGAGGACACGAGCGUGUCUGUGAAGUGCCGUAUAUGCGUUAUGGCCACACAGCUGUGCUGCUGGAUGAUAUUAUCUACCUCUGGGGUGGGCGUAACGACACAGAGGGGGCCUGCAAUGUGCUUUAUGCCUUUGAUGUCAACACCCACAGAUGGUUCACACCCAAGAUUUCGGGGACUGUUCCAGGGGCAAGGGAUGGCCACUCAGCCUGCGUCCUGCGGAAGUCAAUGUAUAUAUUUGGAGGAUAUGAACAGCUGGCUGACUGCUUCUCCAAUGACAUCCACAAGCUGGACACCACCACCAUGGUUUGGACAUUAAUUAAUGCCAGAGGCACUCCAGCACGCUGGAGAGACUUCCACUCAGCCACCAUCAUCGGGACAAAGAUGUUUGUGUUUGGAGGGCGAGCUGACCGCUUUGGUCCCUUCCACUCCAACAACGAGAUCUACUGCAACAAGAUCAAAGUGUUCGACACGGAGACCAACUGCUGGCUGAGCACCCCUUCAACACAGCCAUUACCAGAGGGACGUAGGAGUCAUUCAGCCUUUUCCUACAACGGUGAGCUGUACAUAUUUGGAGGAUACAACGCCCGCCUGGACCGGCAUUUCAACGACCUCUGGAAAUUUAAUCCAGAAGCCUUUUCCUGGAAGAAGGUGGAACCAAAGGGGAAAGGCCCAUGCCCUCGGAGACGGCAGUGCUGUUGUAUGGUUGGAGAUCGAAUCAUCCUCUUUGGAGGAACGAGUCCCUGUCCAGAGCAAGGAAUGGGGGAUGAAUUUAACCUCAUGGAUCAUUCAGACCUGUAUAUCUUAGACUUCAGCCCUAAUUUGAAGACGUUAUGCAAAAUAGCUGUUAUUCAGUACAGUCUGGAGCAGUCCGGACUCCCACAUGAUAUCAGGUGGGAAUUGGCAGCCAUGACCACCAACAGCAACAUCAGCAGGCCCAUCUUCUCCUCCCACGGCUGAUGCUGCUGAAUGUGAAGCAGAACCAGAGAUCUGUGUCAGGACGCCAGACUUUUAUCUUUCUAAUCAGCUGAGCUCUGAGGGACUGGUUUUUGUAGAGUUUGGAUCUGUAUUGGAUUUAUUUUCCACAUUCUUCAAGUGAAAACUCAUUACUGACCAAAAUAUCCUGCCUAUGACUUCCUUGGACACAACAAGCUUUCUCGUGUCUGAGGAUAUUUUAACCCUUGAAGACGGUGGUUAUGUGAGACAGAAAUCGUUGACACCUGUUCACCUUUUUUCUCUUCUUUCUAGCCUCUCUAGAAAUCCAAUCAGCCUAUGAUAAUCAUAGACUUCAAAUCUUAAGCACAGGAAGAGACGAGAACUUCAGCCAAAGGUCUUGAGAGCUAACCUCUUUGUUGAGGACGUCAUCCUGAUGUCACACUCAACAGAUCUCCCCGAAGAAACAGAUGUGAACCUUCAGCUCUAGAUAUAAAGAGACUGAGGUGGUCGUGAGUUUGUAUAUGUUGCAAUUUAAACUAGGUCCUAAAACCGUGUCCAUUUACGGCAAAUGAAGUUAUUGUACAGGAGAAGGCUAACUUAACUACUUAGGUGUUAGAUGCAAGGAGACAGAAUAUUUAUUGUUGGGGUGUAAUGCUUGUGAAAGGUUCUGUUUGACUGGUUUUUAAUGCUUAGCUUUUUUCCCUAUUUCAUAAUAACUCGGCUGACACCCCACUGCUCUUAAGUGUGUCAAAGGUGACUUGCAAGGCGGCUGAGGCGAACCACCUGCCUUGUAAAAUAAUCAAGUCCAUCUACCUCCCUCAAUAGCAUGUAUCAUUGAGUCUUUAAUAAGACUUCCCACACACGAGACGUCGACCUUCUCCCAGAAAAAAAAGCCUUUUCACAGGGAAGUUUGUACUUGUGGUAGUCUGUUGUAUUCUUCCAAGAAAUGUCAAUGUCAUUGGAAGAGUGCGACUCAUCGGCCACCGCCCUGCCCCCUCAACCCCUGUAGUUUGUUUUUCAGUGCCAAAUGUGGAAGGAAAACACGAUGCAAAUAUAUACUGUGUAUGUGUAUAAGCACGUGGUCCCGUCUACACAUAAUCCUAGCCCACCUGCUUCAGUUUGCCUGUUGUUGUCGGGGAGAUCAUCACUAAUAUGCAUAAUGUAGUUGUUCCUCUUACAGACAAUCCAACAUUCAGAGACUCUCCCCUGACCUGCGUCUUCAGAGUGAAAAACCAGGAAAGCGUGCACGUGUACAAUUAUGAGCAAAGCGACACCUGAGCUGAUGUUAUAAAUGCAUAAGGGCUGUUGUCAGAUUACACACUCAACUACAUGAAAAUAACUUGGAACGGGGUUUGGGGUUUGUUUAUUCAGGUUGUGUUUUUAUUUUAUUAAUACUAAUAACAAAUUUUGGAACAGAACUUUGAAGACAUAAGAAUGGUGGUGGUCUUUUUUAAAGAUUGUUUCUCCGUCUACUUUAACUAGAGGAUAAGGAUGAUGAUAUUUUGUAUUUUUGAUGUUGUCAAUAACAGCAGCUACAAGAGCUGGACACUCUUUAUCAACUGUUAUUCAAACAGGAGUAGUUGGGGGCUGUUUUCAGUCACUGAUUUGGUGCACUUUUGAGCUCUUACGGCAGCAGGACUUUGUGUCUAGGACUGACUGAAAGUAAUUUCUUCACUGUUAUGAAGAAACAUGUCACUUAGUGCAACUCUGACUCAUUUAUGUGUUUUUAAUAGUUUUUGUAUAACGUUGAAAGUCCACAGAGUAAGAUACAUCAGGCUCGUUAAAUUUGUUUAUCACUGGUUUUGGUCUUUGUUGACUAUAAGAAAAUAGAGAAUAUCACCAGGCUUAUCCUUUAAAUCUUAUAAGUAGGAAUAAUAAGUAAUACAGCAUGAUGUUGAAAUGAAUGACUUGGUGAAGAUGAGUCUACAGGCAGAAGAGAUGUUACUAAUACUGCCUAUUUAUUUUAACAUUAUAAUCAUGGAUGUUUGUUGUAUCUGGUCCUGAACAGUACAAAGCCCUAAACUUUGCAAAACUGAGAUGUGAAUAGGAACUGUGUUACCACAAAACUUGUGAGCUGCAUCAGUGCUUUUCAGUCCUGGUCUUUGGGACAAUGUGUGCUGUUGUUUUCUGUCCUGCCAGAUGGUUCAAUUUAAUCUGAAUCAGUCAGUCCUUGAUUGGCUCGUUAGAAUGAAACCCAUCAGGGCUCUGGGUCCCAAACAUCAGGACUGAAUAACUCUGACCUACAUCAUAAAUGUUUACAGAUCUAUGUAUUUCAUGUAAAGCAGUGUAAAACAAUCUUAAAUGCAGGUUUGAAGUCGCCAGAUAACUGCACUAAAGCCAAACGUGGCAUGUCAGGCCUUACAGAGCUGAGACAUGCUGAUGCUGCUUUUUGCCUAAGUAGACUCCAGAGUUUGAGACAUUUGCCUGCCCAAACCAAGUCUGAGUUUUAUUUACAGACCGGUGGUGCCAAUGUGACUCAGAGAGUCGUACGCCCUCUGCACUGCACAUGCACAUGGACAUAUCACACACUUGAAAUUCCUCAGUACCCCAGUUACUUGGACUGUACAACAGGUAAUGCAGUGAAACCACAGGGAAGCUAACAGUGUGUCCACACACACGCGCACACACACACACACACACACAUACACACACAUAUAUGAAAACAACAACUUCUGGUGAACAAAUUGAAUUGUUUAUGUGACACCAAAUGGCUGCAGGCAAAACUGAAAAUAUUUGUUUAUUUCUUUUUUUCUAAUGUGUGAUGUGGGAGUCAUUUUUAUUUCAGGAUUUUGGUCUUUUUCUUGUUGCUUGAAGAUUAUGGGUGAUGGUAUUUUAAGUUAAGACCUUUUCAGGAAUAUGAUAUAAAGUCACUAUUAAGUAAAUGACAAUGUAGACAAAAUGGGCAAAAAAAAAAAAACCCUGCACAACAAAUUUCCUCAGUGAUGGUCACUCACUUACCUCCAGUACGGCAGUGCUUAUGACAAAGUGUCAGUAAUUUUGCCUAAAUAAUAUUGGCAUUACAUUUUAAUGGCAGUGAUGUAGAAACCCCAUACAAGUUGCAUUUUCUGAGGCUCCUCUGUUACUUCUCAUUGAACUUUGUGAGAAGGCUUUAGCAAAGUAGUUGAGUAAAAUUCACAGGGUGACUCUUGUUUUACCAAAAUGAAUGCAUCAUUAGAUUAUAGCGCAUGUUCAUGAUAAAGUUAUUCAGUGUGAGCAGUAAUGAUUUGCCAAGCAGAAGUAUGUGACUCAACUGAUUACAUGCCAAGAAGUGUAUGCUAUUCUUAGGGCUGACAAUAUGUUGUUGAAUAAUUCAUAAAGAGCAAAGAAUGCUUAGAAAAAAACAACAGAACAAAGUAUGGAGUGUAUUUUGAUUCAUUUCAUAACUGUGCAGGCUUCCUAUGCUUUUUGUUUUUGUUUUAUUUUAUAUUUUACACAUUUUUAGAGGGGAUUCUAUCUGUCAAGGUUGGUCAGGACUUCCUGUGCAAUAUGCUUUAUAACUGUAUCAAUAAUAAAAAGAGACAAUUUGAGUUGUUAA